GUGAGAAAAAGAUUCGCUUCCUACGCGACGCCUCGACCUCGAUUCCCCAUUCCCUUCCCUUUUCCCCUCCCGCGCCUCUGCCUCUCUCUCUCUCUCGUCGUCUUCUACCGGCACGGCGCAGCACGGAGCAUGGAGAUGGACCCGCCGCCGCCGCCACCCCUGCACGCCGACCGCCGCCUCCGCUUCCGCGACUACCUGCUCGCGCUGGAGGAGGAGCGACGCAAGAUCCAGGUGUUUCAGCGCGAGCUGCCCCUCUGCCUCGACCUCGUCACACAGACUAUCGAGGGAAUGAGGAGUCACAUGGACAGCGUCGUCGUCGGCAGCGAGGAGACGGUGAGCGACCACGGCGGCCCCGUGCUCGAGGAGUUCAUGCCGCUCAAGCCCACAACCCUCUCGUCCUCCUCCUCCCAGCCCCAGUCCCAGGACGAUCACGACAGCGCCCACUACCUUGAACACCGUCGCGCUGCCGCCGCCACGGCCAACGACGUUGUCGAUGCCGACAAGGACGACGAGGCGCUGGGAGAUCCGGAGACGGCAGCAGCCAGCAGCAGCAGGCCGUUGCCACAUCCGGAGACGAAGAAGGCGAUGCCGGACUGGCUGCAGUCCGUGCAGCUCUGGAGCAACCAACAACAGCCCUCCGUGUCCCCACCGCAGCACCAGGAUGAGCUGCUGCUGCCGUGCAGGCCGGUGGCGCUCAACGCCUGCAGGAAGUCCGGGGGCGCGUUCCAGCCGUUCGAGAAGGAGAAGAAGAAGGAGGACAAGGAGGAGAAGCAGCGCGCCGAGCUGGAGCUGCCGCUGCCGGCCGCGGCGAGCUCGGCCGUGGUCGGGGACAGCUGCGACAGGGCCGGCGCCACCGACACCGACACCGACACGGCCGAGAACAAUAAGGCUAGCAGCACCAAAGGCGGCAAGGACAAGGAGGCUCAGCUGUCGUCGCAGGCGCCCAGCCGGAAGGCGCGGCGGUGCUGGGCCCCGGAGCUCCACCGCCGGUUCCUGCAGGCGCUGCAGCAGCUCGGCGGGUCCCACGUGGCGACGCCCAAGCAGAUCCGGGAGCUCAUGAAUGUCGACGGCCUCACCAACGACGAGGUCAAGAGCCAUUUGCAGGUCAGGAGCUGCCUCGAAAAAAAAAAAGAGUGGAUUUUUUUUAAUUUUUUGCAGGUCAUCAGUCAUCAGUCAUCAGUAGCAUCUGUUCUCACUUCGCCCUUCAUUUUGAACAUCUUGGGCGGGCCUUCAGAAGUAUCGUCUCCACACUCGGCGUCCGAACUCGGCGGCGGCGGCGGUCCAGAGCGGCGGCACCAGCGUCGUUGCGCCGCCGGCCGCACCGCAGUUCGUCGUGGUGGGGGGCAUCUGGGUGCCACCGCCGGAGUACGCUGCGGCAGCCGCAGCGCAGCCGCAGCAGGUGCACGUGCACCUAGCCGGCGACGCGUCGGGAACGACGACAACAGCCGCCGACAAGGUGUACGCGCCGGUGGCGACGACGUUGACGCCCGCACCGCGACCGCGACCGCGUCCGGGUCCGGAGAGGCAGUCGAGCAGCUGCUCCGGCGCGCGGCGCAAUGGGGACGCCUGCUCUGGCUCGCCGGCCGUGUCAUCGUCGUCGUCGCAGACCGCCUCUGCCUAAUGAAACGCCGUCGGUCGGUCCCCAGCUUGGCUUCUAAUUUUAGCUGCUUACGUCCGGAGGUACAGACAGUCAGACGUACACACGUGGAUAUGCUAGCUUGAAUACGAUGUGAUCCAGCAUUUUGCUCUCUGUUUUUUGUGAUUAAAGAUAAAAGAAAGAAGAGUGAUAAAAAAAAAAGAAAAGGAAUCAUGCAUCUGUUGAA